UUAGUGGCCCUUUGCAUCGCUUCCAUGCUGUGUGGCAUAGAGCUCGGAAAUGGAGAGGACAUAGAUGUGAGUUAUGCAGACUCCUACUACAAUGAAAUUUCAGAGGAUGACCCCUCAGAAGCGGUGACCCCCACAGUGGCUCCCUGUGCUACUCGGGACCUGAGCAGGUGGGACAAGCUCUUCAUCAUGCUGGAGGACUCCCACAUGCGCCAGAACAUGCUCCUGCAGCACGUGGACAACAUAGUCCGAGUGGAGCUCCACUCCCUGAGGGACGAGAUGAGGCGCCUGUCAGCGGGCAACAGCGGGGCCUGCGUCAAUGCCCUGGAGGGCACCUGUGCGGGGCUUGGCGAGCAAGUGAGCCGGGGCUUCGAGCGCAGCCAGCGUCAGCUCCGGGAGGCGGAGGAGAAGUGCCAGACGCAGCACAACGCCACGCGUCACCUGCUGCAAGACGUUCAGAGGGCUCAGGCUACCUGCCUGGCAAAGCUGGAGAGCGGGCAUGGGCACAGGGGGACUCUGGGACAGGUGCCCAUGAAGACUCUGCCAACACAUCCCAAGGAGCAGGAUGCGACAUCUGCAGUUGGAACCAAGAUGGAGAGGACUCUUCUGGCCAUAGCCUCAGACCUCCAGAGAGUGCAGGCACAGUUAGCAGUCUUCCAGAGGUCAUAUGCCUCUCGAUACAUACCCUCAGGCUGUGAGAUGGCCAUGUUUUUCCCUAUGCGCUCUCAACAGGCCCUUGCCACAGUGAAGCCCGACAUACCGAUGUCCUUGCGCUCCUUCACAGUCUGUCUCUGGGCCAAAGUGACCGAGUCCCUCAACAAGACCGUGCUCUUCUCCUACGGCACCAGACAGAACCCUCAGGAGCUCCAGCUCUUCCUGUCGGGCCAAUCGGUUCACUUCACCGUCGGCGGGGAGUCUCGGCUGGUGGGGGCCCAGAGCACGGCAGACUCAGGCCAGUGGUGGCAAUACUGUGGCAUGUGGAGCUCCAACCAGGGCCUGGCUUCCCUGUGGGUCAACGGGCAGCAGGUUGCCCGCUCCCCUGGGGUGGCAGAGGGGCACGUCUUGCCUGGGGAUGGCACAGUGGUGCUGGGGCAGGAAUGGGGAGGUCCCGGGCUGGAGAGAGAGAUUGACCCGACGCUGGCCUUCACGGGCAAGAUAACGGGGGUGAAUGCGUGGAACCAUGUCCUACCUGCAGAGAGGAUCUCGAAGGGGGCAAGGCCAGAAGGCUCAUGUGAUGGCCGUGGAAAUGUGAUUGGCUGGGGCGUCUCGGAGAUGACACUGCAUGGCAGUGUUCAAUACAUCAACUGACUGUCUUUCCAUGGAUAUAUCCGGGAAAGAGGACUUUGAAGGACAGAUUUCCUUUGAGGGUUCCAUAUUCAUUGCAAUAGAAAAAAGAAAUACAGAAGUUAAAAUGGACAAAUGUGUGUAUCUGAAAGAAGAAAUUAUUGACCAAUUUAAAAUCCCUUUAUAAACCAGAUAACAAUUUUGUUCUACCAAAUGGUCCCCUCAAGACCUUUAGUUAUAACCUGGGUACAGGUGACUUGCCAAUGUAUUAUUUACUUGAUGAAUUCACCAACAUCUUUUGUGAUAUUUUUUUCAUCAGCCUUUCAAAGAUACUCCAAAUGUAUGCUUAUGAUUUAGACUGUUAUGUCAGUCUUUGGAUUCCCCUCAACUGUGAUACAUAUAGGCCUACUGAUGCUCUCUAUAUAAAAUGGAAUGUGAUUCAAUGUUGU